UUUAAUUACUUUGGCUUGGUUUUAAUCCUUUGUAUUGGCAGCACGAUGACGGCUGACAUUUUAAUGGUUACCAUGGGAGGCACAAAAUCACAUAAAAUUCCUUUUUGGGAACUGGCAAAAGGAUUAAUAGACCGUGGACACAACAUCACCUUCCUCAAUGGUUUUCCAUCUGAUUUUCAUUUAACGGGAUUACAUGAAAUCACUCCAGCUGGUUUGGUUGAAUAUAUACAAAAUUAUACAAACUGGGAUCUAUUAGGGGCACGAAUGUCUGGAGAGAUGCCAAUAACAAUUUGGGAUGGAGUACGAUAUGCAUUUCAGUCCUGCGAUGCAAUGUUGGAGGAUGCAGAAACUAAGGAACUAUUGAACCGGCAUUUUGACUUAGCCAUUUUGGAUGGUGCAUAUCCCGAAUGUGCAUUAGGACUGGUCUAUCAAUAUAAAGUACCCUUUAUGUAUAUGAAUACAGUUGGCUUUUACACGGGCAGUUUAGCAAAGUCUGGCAAUCCGGGUUCAUAUGCAGUGACACCAAAUUUUUAUUCCUCAUUUACGGACAAUAUGAACUUGCUGGAACGCGCCGGUAAUACUUUGAUGCAAGUAUUUCAGGAUUUGAUGCAUAAGUUCGUUAUAGCAAUGGUGUAUAGAGUGAUGCGUGAGCGUUUAGGCACACAAAUACCACAUCCCUACGACAUGUCCAAAAAUGUGAGUUUCAUUUUACAAAAUGGUCAUGCAGUGGUAUCUUAUCCACGUGCGCUUAAUCCAAAUGUUGCGGAGGUAGCCUGCAUACACUGCAAACCAGCCAGACCCUUGCCAAAAGAUUUAGAAGAAUUUAUAGCAUCUGCUGGAGAGUCCGGUUUUAUAUACGUUUCAAUGGGUUCAUCGGUUAAAGUUGCAAAUAUGCCAGAAACUCUACGUCGCUUAUUGGUGAAAACUUUUGCACGCUUGCCAUACCAUGUGCUCUGGAAAUACGAAGGCGGUGCUGAUGAGUUGGCAGAUUUAACACCAAAUGUCAAAAUAAGUCGUUGGUUGCCGCAACAGGAUAUACUAGGACAUAGGAAAUUGCGAGCAUUUGUCACACAUGGCGGUCUAUUGAGCAUGUAUGAGACAGUUUUUCAUGGUGUGCCAGUUGUCACAAUGCCUGUCUUCUGUGAUCACGAUGUGAACUCAGCUAAAGCAGAGGUUGAUGGUUAUGCCAUCAAAUUGGAUUUAGCCACUCUAAGCGCGACACAACUGUAUAAAUCAAUAAUGAAAGUGAUACAUGACCCACAAUAUAGGAAUGCAGCCCGAUUCCGCCAAAGACUGCUCUUGGAUCAGCGUACAACGCCCUUGGAAACUGCAGUCUACUGGACUGAAUAUGUUCUGCGUCAUAAAGGCGCCUAUCAUUUGCAGUCACCCGCACGAAAUAUGAGUUGGCUGCAGUAUUAUUUGAUAGAUGUGGCAGCACUUUAUAUAGCAGUACUGUAUAUGGUCAUCUAUUUGCUGAAGCGUUUGUUGCUGCGUCCAGAAGUCAUACGACAUACCGUACCCACACAUGUGAAGGCGAAGAAGCUGUAGAGUGGCAUGGCGUGGGUGUAUGUUGUCUUUAGUUUCUAUUAGUGGUGAUAUUGUUAAAAAAUUAAUAGACCUUAUCGUAGGUUUCUAUGGUCCAAAAUGUUUCAAACAAAAUCUCUCUCUUUAAAAAGCAAAUAUUUUCAACUUUUUCACUUUUGGAAAAAGUUCUGUAAAUAUAAAUUUAUGUGUAGUUUGCGUUUCUGAUUUCUGAUUCUUAGGCUAUUUUAGAAGUUUAGUUAAGGCUCUAAUAAUUUUAAUUUGAAUUUAUAAAACAUUUAAGCAACAACAAUUUCGAAACAAACAAACAAACCAAAGCUAAAAUUUUCGUUGUUCACGUCUUUCGGGCAUCGCGUCUUCUAUUAAAAUUAUUUAUUUACUUUGCAUCGCGGCUGAUUUCUUGAGUGUGUUGUACUUUUUAUAUAUGUAAAUUAAUUAUUUUAUAAUACUUCCUUAUAAACACA